CAACACUCAAAUGUCGCCGUCUGUGACUCAAGACCCAACCGUCGGCCAAGAUAUGGCUCGGUUUACCACAAAGACAGUUCUAGGCUCCUCAUUUGAAACAACCGAAAGAUAUAGUCACCUAGAGCCUAUUGGAAUUGGUGUCUCGGGACUUGUAUGCUCCGCCAAAGAUCAGAUUACGAAGCGCACAAUUGCUGUCAAGAAACUUGCCCAGCCCUUCAAAUCUGAGAAUAUUGCGAAGCACAUGUACCGAGAGGUCAGAUUGUUGAAAACGCUCAAACAUGAAAACGUUAUUCAUUUGAAUGACAUUUUUAUUUCGCCCUCGGAAGACAUCUACCUUGUGACAGACCUCAUGUCAACCGAUUUACACACUCUUUUAAGAUCUAAGAAAGUGGAUAAUCAAUUUUCACAGUAUUUCAUGUACCAAAUAAUGCGCGGUCUCAAAUACGUUCAUUCUGCUGGUGUCAUCCAUCGUGAUCUGAAGCCAAGCAAUAUUCUGGUCAACGAAAAUUGCGACCUUAAAAUUUGCGACUUUGGUCUAGCUCGAGUUCAAGAGGCAUCAAUGACCGGCUACGUAUCAACUAGAUACUACCGUGCCCCAGAGAUAAUGCUCACCUGGAAGCGUUACAACGAGAAAGCCGACAUCUGGAGCGCAGCUUGUAUCUUUGCUGAAAUGCUACUUGGAGAGCCUCUCUUCUUGGGCAAGAACCAUAUCGACCAGUUUUGUGUAAUCACCAAGCUUCUCGGGUCUCUCCCCGAUCACGUUAUUUCCCAUAUUACUAGUCCGAACACUAUGAGUUUCGUCCGCUCUUUACCUGAGUACUCUCGCAAGCCCUGGACAACCCUCAUCCCAGGAGCAAACAUGAAAGCCACAAUGCUCUUGGAUAAGAUGCUCCAAUAUGAUCCCGAUGAGAGGAUAUCUGCCGCCGAUGCACUCACUUCCACGUACCUUGCUCCAUAUCAUGAUCCUAACGAUGAGCCGGUAGCGGAAGAGGCGAUUGACUGGUCUUUCCUUGAUGCAAACCUACCGGCCGAUGUUUGGAAGACUAUUAUGUAUGCUGAGGUCUUGGGAUAUCACCAGGAGGGUUCUUCGCCUACGCCUCCACCAGACUAUGAAGGAAUGGACUUGGCAUGA